UUGAACAGCAGCAUAAGUAAUGAUAACGCAGAAACUGCACAAUUAACCUGAGCCAGUCAACAACAUAUCCCACAAUCCUUUGUUCCUAACCCGGAAGAAAAUAGUACCACGUGCGAACUUCGAAAACUUGCCGAAAUAAAUCGUUCCGGAGUGGCUGGGGCUCAUCACAAUGAAUCCGCUCACCAAAGUGAAACUCAUCAAUGAACUGAAUGAAAAAGAGGCUGAACUUGAUGUCAAAGACAGUGUGUCCUGGCAUUCAGUCUAUAAGGACAGCGCCUGGAUCUUUAUCGGUGGACUUCCAUAUGAGCUGACAGAAGGAGACGCCAUCUGUGUUUUCUCUCAGUACGGAGAGAUUGCCAACAUCAACUUGGUGCGAGAUAAAAAGACGGGCAAAUCCAAAGGAUUCUGCUUCCUGUGCUAUGAAGAUCAAAGGAGCACCAUUCUGGCUGUGGAUAACUUUAAUGGAAUCAAGAUUAAGGGGCGAACCAUACGUGUGGACCAUGUAGCAAAUUAUCGACCACCCAAGGACAACGAAGACAUUGAUGAUGUCACUAAAUGUUUGCGAGAAGAGGGAUGUGCUCCUAAAGUGCCCCUGCCUUCCUCCUUUGAGUCAGGGUCCGAGGAAGAAUAUGCUGUACCUGUGAAAAAGCCAAAAAAAGAUAAAAAGGAGAAGAAAAAGAAGAAGAAAGAGAAGAAAAAAGCACUAAAGGAAGAGAAACAUGAGGCACGGACUGAGCCGUCAACAUCAUCUCCUGUCAGAGUGAAGAAGGAGAAGGAGGACACGGCAUACGAGAAGUAUGCCGCGAAAGGACCGGCAGGAAGCAGAAGGGACAGAUCGGGACAAGACUUCAGGAACCCACAAGACAGAGCAGAUGAGGUGGACAGAUUCAGAGAUAGGUAUAGAGGUGAGAGGGAAAGGGAUCGAGAAGAAGACAAAAAGACAGACAGAAACCGAGAGGAUAAAAGACAUGAAGACACACGGCAGGGAGACAGAGAAAGAGACAAAGGAAGGGGUGUUGAUAGAGAGAAUAAUGGGGAAAGAGAGCGUGAGAGAGAAAGGGAACGUGAUAGAGACAGAAGGGAGCGAGACAGAGGAAAUGACCGAGGGUUUACCAAACACAGAGAUCACAGUCGUGAAAGAGAACACAGGCGAAAUUGAGCAGAGAUAGUCAUUUAUAUAUUUGGGGGGGGGGUUAGAAUUUUUUUUUUUUUUUAUAGAAUUUUUUAAUAUCUGUCUGCAGUAAUUAACUGUAUAAUGGCUACCUGGCAUCAUGUUACACACAGUACACUCAUUUGACAAAUAAAUUCAAAUUUUAUUUGAAUUUAAAUGGUACAAAGACCAAAAAUGUCUUGUUUAACACUGUCAACAAUAAACUCCAAAAUUAUGAUGCAAUCAAAGUACACCAAUCAUGGAUUCAGUUGUAAAACUAUUAAAAGACAUUUAGUUAAGUGUGUUCAGUUAAAAAAAAACAACAAUAUCAGACCAAGCAGAUGUGUACAUUACCCAUUUAUACCUGCUCAACAGGAAACAGCAUUUCAUCGCUAAUGAAUAAUUAUGAUCGCUAUGGCCACGACAACAUAUUCAAUAACCUAGCAAGAAAAGAUAAAACAAUUACGCAGAUAUACUGAGUAAAUAAACACACACAGAAUUCAAUAGUAAUAAACACGAAGUUGAACAUUAAAAUGUGUGGUGUGAUUAUUGGAAAUCUAGCCUGAUUAAAAAAAAUCACACUUCCUUUCAUGCCCAAUUUCUUUUCAUAGCAAAACAUUACACAGUUAGCACAGCUUCUAAUACAGUAAAUUAAGCGAAUCACCCUUAAGUCAAUCUGUUAUAACCACGAGUUACUAUGAUCUGCUCAAUUCAUGAGCGGUCAAAUACGAAGUAUUCAUAAUUGGCCAAUCAGGAGUACUGCAGAUGUGACUCCUCACAGACACUAAACGUUCAAGUCAAUACUCAAGGUUAAAGGUCAAAUACAGUAUCUGUUUGCACUGAACUUUAAUAGUGUAUGCUGUUGUGUUACCCCUGUGUGAUGUCCCUCCUUGCAAUGCUCACAUGCUAGACUACAUUGAUCACCAACCCCAUUUUCAAUAAGCUAUCAAAAAACAGAGAUAAAAAGAUGUUCACGCUAGUUCUUAAUGGAACUCCAUCUAAAUAUACAAACAGAUCAUCUUUGGAUGUAGCCAUCUUCUGUAGUUGUAAGCAAUCUUAUUGACAUUUUAGCCACAGUCAGUAUUUUCCAAACUAAAUCGUGAAUAUUUACCAUGAGAAUGUUAAAUAAUAGUUAAAGGAACAGGUCGAAAGCAAAAUAUUAGCUUUCUGCAGCAACAACAUUCAAUACUGCAAAUUAUAUUACUAUAGCCUCUAAAAACAGAAAUUAUAAGUAGAAUUGGGUGAGAAAGCAAGACUAAUAUAUUGCAGUACUGACUAUUGAAGUGGUUGUGAUUUCUGUGAGAUGGAUAGUAUAUGUUCCAGGUUUUGUUUACAAGAUGUUAUGCACGUAAUAAAUUCAUCUAUUUUCUAAAUGCAUGUUCUUUUUGUGAACAAUUUAUUUAACUACACUUUUCUUACAAUCGACUGC